CAUCCGCGAACGUGACCAUCGAGAAGCGUCACUCCCGUCCGCAUAUAAAGCGCACCCUGUCGGUCGACGUGCUCGUUUUACUUCUUUCCUCCCUCCACCACGCUUCACGCCCACCAUGCGCUUCCAAGUCAUCGCCGCCGUCGUGCUCGCUCAUGGCGCCUUCGCUACAUUGGACCGCCGUCAGGAUACCAUCCCAGCUUGCCUGACGUCCUGCAUCUCCGACGCCAACACCGACACCUGCGACCCCGCGGACACGGCCUGCCUCUGCAACAACCAGACCUUCGUCAACUCGAUCACCUCCUGCGUACAGUCCACGUGCGACGCAGACAGCGUCCAGGCGGCCGCGCAAUCUGCCUCGGCGUUGUGCCAGGCGGCGGGCGCGACGCUCGCUAUUCCCACUAGCACUGAAGGUGGUGCCUCUAGCGCUAGCAGCGCCUUUUCGUCCCUCGCUAGCUCCGCAUCGUCUGCCGCGUCAGCCGCGUCGUCGGCCGCUUCUUCUGCAGCCAGCGGCGCCAGUUCCGCUGCAUCGUCCGCCGCGUCGGGCUCCGGCACUGCUACGACCACGCAGACUUCCACCAGUGCUUCCGCGACCAGCGACAACAACUCGGCUUCGCCGAAGAGCGUCAGCCUUCUUGCUGGCUUCGCUGCCCUGUUUGCUGCGCUUGUUCUCUAAGGCUAGAAUGAGAAGUCUGGAUUACUGUAUUCGAUGAUAGGUUUGGCUAUGUAGCACUUGGACGGUCUUACGACAUGAAGAAAUUCUGAUUUUCUGCAUCUUCGCGCUGUUUGAUCAUGAGCGAUACUCGGUGUCCAACAUCCUCCCUCCAAGCUUCAGCUGCGCGAGAGAUGAGAAAGUUCCGCGGUCAUGAUUGUGCGUAUCCUACUUGCUACAUACAAAGUCCAUUGCGUUGUGAUGGUAAAGGUCUGGUUAAAAACCUUUCGACGCGUCAAUU